UAAUACAAAAUCAACUCCUUUGACAGUUCAUUGUGGUAUUUUAGUUUGUUAUUGCAAUUUGAAAUGAUUUCUUGUUUGUUUUUACAUCUUACUUACUCUGUUUACUGUCCUUUUGCUCCUGUAUUGGAUAUAAUUGCUGCUGUGAAACAAAAAUUUCCCCACUGAGAGACAAUAAAGGGCUGUUCUAUUCUAUUCUUAAAGCACAAUAUUAACAUGAAGAACCAUGUGACCCUUCUCCUUCCAUGUGACGGGGAUGGGCUUCCACAUGUUCAUAAACUCCAACAUCUACAAACAUCAUUUCUACAUGUAGAUGAUUUUGUUAUGUAGUCAUUUUGAGCCAUGAGGAUUGCUCGGAGGAGGGAGAACAUCUAGCACCAACCUUUGCUGAGGAGCACCCAGGAGGUGCGGCCUCCCCUUGGCUCUCCUGCUGCUCCGCUCUGUGAGGCUGAAACAGGAGGACAGAGCGGGGAUGGCAGACCCGGCAGAGUGCACCAUCAAGGUGAUGUGUCGCUUUAGACCGCUCAACAGCUCCGAGGUGGCCCGAGGAGACAAGUACAUCCCUAAGUUUGUGGGGGAGGACUGCGUGCAGAUGGCAGGUAAGCCUUACUAUUUUGACCGAGUGUUCCAGUCCAACACAACUCAGGUGCAGUUCUACAAUGCUGUAGCUCUGAAGAUUGUCAAAGGUAAGUCUACAGUCAGCCAAAGAGGACUAACUCCAGAUUGCCUUCCGAGUCCUCCUUUUGAUUGUUUUCUAACAGAUGUUCUGGAGGGCUACAAUGGGACAAUAUUUGCUUAUGGGCAGACCUCAUCUGGUAAAACGCACACAAUGGAGGGGAAGCUCCAUGACUCUGAGAUGAUGGGAAUCAUUCCUAGAAUUGUCCAAGACAUCUUCAACUACAUUUAUUCAAUGGAUGAGAACUUGGAGUUCCACAUCAAAGUUUCAUAUUUUGAAAUCUAUCUGGACAAAAUCAGAGACUUGUUGGAUGUAUCAAAGAUGAAUCUUUCUGUACACGAGGACAAGAACAGAGUGCCUUAUGUCAAGGGGUGUACUGAGCGCUUUGUGUGCAGUCCUGAGGAAGUAAUGGACGCCAUCGAUGAAGGCAAAAGCAACAGACACGUGGCUGUCACAAAUAUGAAUGAGCACAGCUCCAGGAGUCACAGCAUCUUCCUAAUCAACAUCAAGCAGGAGAACACUCAGACUGAGCAGAAACUAACAGGAAAGCUGUACCUGGUGGAUCUAGCCGGGAGUGAAAAAGUGGGUAAAACUGGAGCGGAGGGCACUGUUCUGGAUGAAGCUAAAAUGAUCAACAAGUCAUUGUCGUCACUGGGAAACGUCAUCUCAGCUCUGGCAGAAGGCUCGACCUACGUCCCAUACAGGGAUAGUAAGAUGACCAGAAUCCUGCAAGAUUCCCUGGGAGGAAACUGUCGAACCACCAUGGUCAUCUGCUGCUCUCCUUCCUCCUUCAAUGAUGCAGAGACCAGAUCUACACUACUCUUUGGACAGAGGGCAAAGACCAUCAAGAACAAUGUGAGUCUGAACGUGGAGCUGACUGCAGAGCAGUGGAAGAGCAAGUGGGAGAAGGAGAAGGAAAAAAACAAGACGCUGAGAAGCACUGUCACCUGGCUGGAGAACGAAAUCAACAGGUGGAGGAAUGGAGAAAAGGUACCCGUGGAGGAGCAGUUUGAUAAAGAGAAGGCCAAAGCCGAGGUGAUGGCUCUGGAUGUUGUACUCAACCAUGAUAAGACAGCAGACAAAAAGUCCCUGGACACCCUGCCUGGAGUCAAAGUUAUGGGUGCAGAGAAAGAGAAGUAUGAGUCCGAAUUGGCCAAACUCUACAAGGAGAUGGAUGACAAGGAUGAUGAGAUUAACCAACAAUCUCAGCAGGUUGAGAAGCUGAAGCAGCAGUUGCUGGACCAAGAAGAGCUAUUAUCCUUCUCCCGUCGGGACCACAGCACCCUGCAGACAGAGCUGAACAGGCUGCUGGCUGAGAACGAGGCCUCCAAAGAGGAGGUGAAGGAGGUGCUGCAGGCGCUGGAGGAGCUGGCAGUCAACUAUGACCAAAAGAGUCAGGAAGUUGAAGACAAAGCAAAAGAGUUUGAGGCUCUCAGUGAGGAACUGAACCAAAAGUCUAGCUGCUUGGCCUCCAUCGACUCUGAGCUCCAAAAACUGAAGGAGAUGACCAACCACCAGAAAAAAAGGGUUACUGAGAUGAUGUCGUCCUUACUGAAGGACCUGGCUGAGAUUAGCGUUGCCGUGGGAGGCAAUGACAUCAAGCAGCAGGAGAGCAGCGGUCUCAUUGAUGAAGAGUUCACAAUGGCCCGACUCUACAUCAGCAAGAUGAAAUCUGAAGUGAAAACCAUGGUGAAGCGCAGCAAACAGCUGGAAAGCACUCACACCCACAGCUCCCAGAAGCUGGAGGAGACUGAGAGGGAUCUGACUGCCUGCCAGCUCCGCGUCUCCCAGCAUGAAGCUAAAAUCAAGUCCCUGACAGAAUCCCUCCAGAAUGUGGAGCAUAAAAAAAGACAGCUGGAGGAAAAUGUGGAUCUUCUACAUGAAGAAAUAGUCAGGAUCAGAGCUCAAGAAAAGGUCAACACCAUGGAGAAGGAGGAUGAGAUCCAGUCAGCUAAAGAAGUUAAGGAGGCGGUGGAGAUGCAGAUACAGUCUCACCGAGAAGCCCAUCAGAGGCAGAUUAGCAGCCUCAGAGACGAGUUGGAUAACAAGGAGAAGGUCAUCACUGAGCUGCAGGACUUAAAUCAAGAAAUCAUGUUGGAGCAGGAGAGGCUGAAGGUGGAGCAUGAGAAGCUGAAGACUGCUGAGCAGGAGAAGAGCCGCCAACUGCAGGAGCUCAUGGUGCAGCAGGACCGACGGGAACAGGCCAGGCAGGAUUUGAAAGGCCUGGAGGAGACUGUGGCUCGAGAGCUACAGACACUCCACAGCCUGAGGAGACUUUUUGUCCAAGAUUUAUCCUCUAAAGUGAAAAAGAAUGGACAAGACGUCGAUGACAUGGAAGGCAAUGCUGCCCAGAAACAAAAAAUCAACUUCCUAGAGCGUAAUCUGGAGCAGCUCACCAAAGUUCACAAACAGCUGCUGCAAGACAAUGCCAGUCUUCGCUGCGAGAUCCCAAAAAUGGAGAAGCGCCUGCGUGCCACAGCUGAGCGGGUCCAAGCCCUAGAAGCUGCACUGAAGGAGGCCAAAGAGACAGCGGCACGCGACCAGAAGCGCUACCAGCAAGAGGUCGAGCGAAUUAAGGACACCGUCAAACCUAAAAACAUGGGCAGGAGACCAUCUGCUGUGAUAGCCAAGCCAAUCAGACCUGGCCAGAUUCCAGGAGCUUCUCCCUUCAUCAGCAUCAGUAAGUCCAGUCUCCUCCAGAACAACCAGCAUGCUAAGGAAGACGACCAUGACAGCUGCUGAGCAACAGCCACACAUCAGGCCAAGGCAUCACCUGGAUGCUGCACCUGUUACAUCUGUAUUUACAGGAUAUGUGAAUGUAGCUUUUACUCUGAUGAUAUGGAGGCUGUCAUGAUGCUGCUCAUCAAAAUCUGCAGAUGCUUUUACUAAUCAUUAGUCUGGCCUGCCAGACUCCUCCUCUGUUUAAUUCUGCACAGAGAAAGGGUCUGGAAACUCUCCUAGUCAAAUAACCCCACCCCGUGAGAAUUCUUACCGAGCCAAUCAGCGCUGAGUAGCGUACGUCACACACCAUAACGCUGAGUUUGUAGAACAUGAUGACUGAAGCGGAGUUUGCUGUGGCUCUUUCCUCUGUUCUAAAUGACUUGGACACAACACGCAGAAGCGCUAAAAUCCUUUCUUCUAAAGAAAGAUGUUUGGGCUGUCGCUAGACUCCAUUUUUACUACAGCUAAAAAACUACAGCGUCACACACAGCGACACUCAAUUUCUCAUAAACAACAAAGACAGCGGCGGAGUUUGUUGCGGCUCUUUCCUCUGUUCUAAAUGACUUUAAUGUCUCUAAAACCCCAAGUAGAAGCUCUAAAAGCAUUUAUUCUAAAAAAAAAAAAAGAUUUUCACCGUUGCCAGAUGCCCUUUUUUUUAUACAACUAGAAAACGACAGCGUUGUGUGGUACAAUUGGGAUUUCUGUCUUUUUUCUGAUUGGUUACUUUUGAGCUGCCUAGUCCCGCCCCUCAAGUGCCUCUCUGCCUGUGAGUAACCAGACUGGUUCGCUGUGCAGAAUUAAACAGAGGACGAGCCUGGCAGGCCAGACUAACUAAUCAUGUAGAUGACAUCAGGUUACAAUUCAGCAGUUGAUGAAAACCAGGGGCCUUACUGCUAUAAUUAGAAUUACUGGCUAGUUUGUCUAAGUAUGAGUCAAAUAUUGAAAAACAGUUUUAAGGAUUUGAAAUUUCAAAGUAAAAUGUUCUGCCCCUGCAGACUUUAACAGUAAUGAAUUCUGUAUGACGUUAAACCAUGUGAGAGUGCAGACUUUCCUCCUGCAUUAAUGUUAAAGUAUACUUAUUAUGUAUUAAACUGUAUCUUGAAGCCUGGGGGAUACGGUCUAAGGUAAUAAAGGAGGGACAUCCCACAUCCCUCUUGCUGUAGAGUAAACCUGCUCUGGCAUGUGAAGGGAAAUAUAAUGUUUGAUCACACAUGUAAUCCUGAAUGAUUUCAAUUAAUCAUCUGUGUGUUAAUACUCAUAUUCAUUUCACUGUUCUUGUGAUACUCAUGUACCUUUAAACUGAAUGAUUCAUAUAUGCCAUGUGCUCUUUGAGCCUGAAUGAUUCACUUGUGGUUGUCACAGCCUAGCACUGAGCUAGACCCAUAUCUGAUUUAUGCAGGAUUAUAUUGCUAACGUUUCAGCUUAUGCUUGAAGAGAUGCAUGGUACGUAAAGGCCAGGUACAGAUUAGAUCAACCCAAAGCUGUUCGAAGGAAAGGACUGGUCAUAUGUCCUCUAGCCCUAACAGAAGAAGAUAGGACAGAAAGUAGAUGGGGCAAAGUGUCUCCCAUCUGAUCUGAAGAAGUGAAGGACAAAAGGAAUGUCAGUUACUAAGGAGGUGCUGGGAGCAGACUUUUGCAGCAGGAGAGAAAGAAUAAAAGCUGUGCAUCAUGUAAGACUUGAUCAGAUUUGUCACAGGGACUGGGAGGUGGCAGAAUCUUCUCUAAAUGCGUUUGGGUAAAUAAAAUGUUGAUAACUGAAAUACAAGGCGACUUGGUGGCUUACUUCUUGUCUGAUCAGAUAUUU